AUGAGCGCUCUCUACAGAACCCUCACCGGUCAAUCGCAAAAGUCGCAUCAUUCAGAUCACACCGUCGGCUCACAGGCACACCCAACCUUGACACGGACGACGACCACCGAUCCGCUGACCGGCACACUGAACCAUUUGACUGCCCCUCAGGAGCAGAAACUAGAGGAGUUCAAGGAAAAGCUACAACAGGGAGGAUGGUGGUCACCGGCCGGAGUCAAUGGCAAACCUUCCCACGAUGACGGCACACUGCUCCGGUAUCUGCGAGCCCGCAAGUUCGACGUGCAGGGCGCAAUCGGCCAAUUCACGGAUACGGAACAAUGGCUCAAGGAGCAAAUGGUUGACGAGCUAUAUGACAACUUUGACGUCGAGAUAUACGAACGGUCGCGGCAAGUGUACCCUCAAUGGACUGGACACCGCGACAGACGAGGAAUUCCCAUCUACGUCUACGUGAUCAAGCAACUCGACAGCAAGCACGUGAACAAGUACCAGAAAGAGUCGCAGACAUACAAGGACAGCCUUCCCAACCACAAGAAACUGCAGACGCCGGCCAAACUUCUUCCCCUGUUCGCACUCUAUCAGAAUCUCCUCAAUUUCGUCCUACCGUUCGUGUCGACCCUCGAGCGGCCGAACCCCGAAGUCCCCGUCACGAACUCCACAAACAUUGUUGAUAUCUCGGGGGUGGGCUUGACGCAGUUCUGGAAUCUGAAGAACCACAUGCAAGAUGCAUCGGUGCUGGCGACGGCCCAUUACCCCGAAACUCUGGAUAGGAUAUUUAUCAUUGGCGCACCGUCAUUCUUUCCCACCGUCUGGGGCUGGAUCAAACGGUGGUUCGAUCCCGUCACCGUGUCCAAAAUAUUCAUCCUCGGCAAAAACGAGGUCAAACCGACAUUGUCGAAAUUCAUGGAUCCCAAGGACUUCCCCAAACGAUACGGCGGCGAACUAGGCUGGGAUUGGGGUGAUCAGCCACACUUGGACGACGAGACUCGAGCGGCUCUGGAACGGGACGGAAACAAAGGUUGGGUUCGUGGUCCAUGUCUGUGGCUCGACGGGAAGCGAGUCGCCGUCGGCUCGGAGAAUGGAAAGCCGCGGCGGCCGGCUGCAGACAUUGAGAAGAUGAAACCCGUCGUAUAUGCGGCCGAUUACACGGAAACUCCAGUCCAUCCGGACAAGAAGUUGUCGAUUGUCUCAAAGACACAGGUUUCUAAUGGGACAGCACCAGCACAUCACGCCGCCGAGGAACACGCAGCGGAGGCGAAGGACGGAGCGACCGCCGCCAAUAUCCUUGCAACCAAGUCGAAUUCAGAACAGCCCGCACAAGUAAUACCGCAGCCUCAGUCGACAGAAUCUCAGCCGGAACCGUCGACCGGCUCAACUUCAGAUGCACAGGCCUCCCAGCUAAUCUCCUCGGCGACAUAUGCUCAUCCUCCGUCACAGCCGCAACCGGGCCCCAUCCCGGAAUACACGGUCGCACUAACUUCGGCCAUCGAGAACAAUCUCGCCGAUGAGUCCGUGUCGAUAAUUCCUCCGACGGCCAAUGGGCACGCGAACGGACACGCCACAGCACCGGGCGAAGGACACGCCGAGGUCGUUGUGGCGAGCGAUCUGAGCAAAGGUCUGGCCAUUGAAACCGAGAAACUGAACAUGACGGACGAUCCACAUCAGAAAGAGGGCGGGCCGCAAAGGCCUGGAAUGGAGAGGUUCGUCACCGCUCAGGAAGUUUGA